AACCAAACCAAACCCCCUCAUCCGUGCGCACCUUGUUCUUCUUCCUUUUUAGAUCUUCCCACUUUACUUUCUUUCAAUUUCCAUUUCAUUUCUCUUCAUUUUCUCUUUACAAAACUCAAAAUAAUUACAAAACUCAAAAAGGUUCUCUUCAGAGGGUUUUUGUUGAAGGAUUCUUGAUUGUAGAUAACAGUAUGAGAGCAAGAUUAGACUGACAUAGAAGAAGAGGUGAAUCAGGACAAGGACAAUGAAGUUCCAACGCUCAGGGGAGCAAUUGGGAGGAACAUAUGAAACACAACCUUCAUCUGAAUCUCUUAUCACCAGGGACUUCUUUUCAGGAAGUGAUCAUUCUUUCCUACCUGGAAAACUUGAUCAGAAGUUGGACACCGGUAAUAUAGAAGAAGCAGAAUUAUCUUUGCGAGAAAGUGGCGUGUUAAACUAUGAGGAAGCUAGAGCAUUGCUAGGAAGAUACGAGUAUCAAAAAGGAAAUUUAGUAGCUGCAUUACAUGUCUUUGAGGGAAUAGAUAUAGGUGCUGUGACUCCUAAGAUCAAAAUUGCCCUUUCCAAAAAUAGAGAACGCCGCAAGAAACAUUCCCAUAAUCAUGGUGAACCGGAAAUGUCUAUACAUUCUGUUGGCUUACUGUUUGAAGCACUCUUUCUAAAAGCAAAAUCAUUGCAGGCUCUUGAAAGGUUUAAAGAAGCUGCCCAAUCUUGCAAAGUUAUUAUGGACAUAGUGGAAUCUUCAUUGCCUGAAGGCUUGCCUGAUAACUUUGGUGCUGAAUGUAAAUUGCAGGAGACCGUGAGCAAGGCAGUUGAGCUGCUUCCAGAAUUGUGGAAGCUUGCUGAUUGUCCUCGUGAAGCUACUUUGUCUUACCGGCGAGCACUCCUUCAUAAAUGGAAUCUUGAUCCAGGGACUAUAGCAAAGAUUCAGAAAGAAUUUGUUGUUUUUCUUCUAUAUAGUGGAGGAGAAGUAAUGCCCCCUAAUCUACGUUCUCAAAUGGAUGGCUCGUUUGUUCCGGGAAACAACAUAGAAGAGGCUAUACUUCUUUUGAUGAUUUUGCUCAGAAAAGUCACUCUCAAUAGAAUUGAAUGGGAUCCUUCAAUUUUAGACCACCUUUCAUUUGCUCUGUCUGUUUCGGGAGACCUAUCGAGUUUAGCCAAUCAUUUGGAAGAAUUACUCCCUGGGACUCUCCAUCGAAGUGAAAGAUUCCAUGAUCUAGCUCUUUGUAAUUACGGAGCAGGUAAGGACUUGGUGGCACUGGAUCUUUUAAGAAAAUUGUUGACUGGUAGAGAAAGGCCGGAACACGUUCCCGGUUUGUUAAUGGCUUCUAAGAUUUGCUGCGAGAACCCUAGUCUUGCAGAAGAAGGGGUAAGUUUUUCUCAGAGAGCGCUUGAGAGCUUGGAUGGAAGAUGUAAGCAGUUAGAAAAUGUUGCAAAAUUCUAUCUUGGUGUUUCAUCAUCGGCACACUCAAAAUUGGCUGUUUCUGAUUUCGAGAAGUUUAAGAGACAGUCUGAGGCACUUCAAGCCUUGGAAACUGCCGGCAGAACGACCGGAAUGAGAGACCCUUUAGUACUAUACCAUCUCAGCUUAGAAUAUGCUGAACAAAGGAAGUUAAAUGAUGCACUUUAUUAUGCAAAGUGCGUCGUAAAACUGGAAGGUGGUUCUAACGUUAAAGGAUGGUUACUGUUGGCACGGAUAUUAUCUGCUCAAAAACAGUUUUUGGAGGCUGAAUCCAUUAUCAACGCUGCUUUGGAUCAGACUGGGAAAUGGGAUCAGGGUGAUUUGUUGCGAACAAAAGCUAAAAUUCAAAUUGCACUUGGACAGUUAAAGAAUGCCAUUGAGACGUACACUCAGCUUCUUGCUGUUCUUCAAAUUCAGAGCAAAAGUUUUGGUUCUUGGAAGAAGCUAUAUAAGGGUAACCGAGAUCGUGCUAGGAACUUGGAAGUGGAAAUAUGGCAUGAUCUUGCUCAUGUGUACAUCAGCCUUUCCCAGUGGCAUGAUGCAGAGGCGUGUCUUUCAAAAUCUAAGGCCAUCAAGCCGUAUUCUGCUUCUAGAUGUCAUGCACUAGGUAUAAUGUAUGAAGCAAAGGGCCUUUACAAAGAAUCUCUAAAAGCUUUUCGCGAUGCUUUAGACAUUGAUCCUGGCCAUGUCCGCAGCCUAAUCUCCACUGCUGAAGUACUUAGACAUUGCAGUAAUAAAUCAAAUCCUGCAGUCAGAACUUUUUUGACGGAUGCUCUACGGCAUGACAGAUUGAAUGCUUCUGCUUGGUAUAAUCUUGGCCUUUUUCACAAGGCUGAGGGUAAAAUAUCAUCAUUAGUCGAAGCUACAGAAUGUUUUCAGGCAGCCCACUCUCUUGAAGAAUCUACUCCACUUGAACCUUUCAGAUGACAGAUUCAAUAAAACCUCAGGGUUGUGUUCCAGCGGUAGAAUCAAGAAUGAGAUGAACAAAAAAUGGUGACAACUAUUCAAGCAGUUUUGUGAUGUUGCGAUUUACGCAUAGUAUAUUCAUGUGUAAUAUUCAAUUUUAUCAAAAGUCAAUCAAGAAAGCAAUAUAAAUAAAUAAGUUAAUAAAAAAGAAAUAAGGUGGUACCAUAGAACUUGUUAAAUUAUUUGUAUGCAUGCAGACAAUUUUAUAAGCGCCAAAGAAAUUAUAAAUUGACAAAUAUGAUUUGUAUUUGGAAUAUGAAAAGCACUUGCAUCUA